AUGGCUCUGCAAAAGUUCGCCGCCCAAUUUGUAGUUUGUGGUGGAGCACUAUAUCGAAAAGCACACCUUGGCCCCAAUCAACUUUGUGUCACAACAGAAGAAAGCCAGAAGGUGAUGGAGGAAAUACACGAGGGAAUUUGUGGGCCACACAUGAGUGGGGCAACAAUGGUAAAGAACAUCCUACAUCAAGGAUACUAUUGGACUACGAUGGAGGCCGACUGUGUUAACUAUCAUGACAUCCCCUUGGCCAUUCUCCACCUAGGGAAUAGAUGUUAUUGGGAGUAUAAAUCCAAAAGGGAAAUUCAAGCAUCAUUUAUCCUUGUAGCCAUUGACUACUUCACCAAGUGGGUAGAAGCAGCUUCUUAUGCUACCCUCAAAGCCACUCAUAUGGCCAAGUUUAUCAGCACCAAUAUCAUCUAUCGGUAUAGUGUACCUCACGAAUUCAUAUGUGACUAUGGAUCACACUUCAAAGGGGCAACAAAGAAACUUUUUGCUGAGUUUGGGAUACAGAAUCAUCGAUCAUCUACUUAUCGGCCUCAAACUAAUGGGACAGUUGAGGCUGCAAACAAAAACAUCAAAAGGAUUCUGUGGAAAAUUAUUGACAUCUACACGAACUGGCCAGAAAUCCUACCUUUGGCACUAUGGGGUUAUCGAACGACUGAAAGGACUUCAACUGAGGCUACUCCUUAUUCCCUAGUCUAUGGGAUGGAAGUUGUCUUGCCUGUCAAACUGGAACUAACUUCACUAAGGGUUUUAGCUGAGACUGAAAUGAUCGAAGAGGAUUGGGUUCAAAACCGCUACGACGAGUUGACAUUACUGGAUGAAAGAAGGCUGAGAGCAUUAUACCACGUACAAGGGUAUCAACAUCGCAUUGCGCGAGCAUUCAACAAAAAGGUGAAGCCAAGAGACAUCAAGGUGGGAGAUAUGGUACUCAAAGCAAUCUGUCGCCACAUUUCGGACCUGAAAGGCAUGUUUAAACCAAACUGGGGAGGACCCUACUUCGUCAAACGCAUAUUGUCUUGA